AUGGCGACAGCGACGUGCGAACCGGUGGCCAGGCCCAGCCUGACGUCCAUCUCGUCGGGGGAGCUGCGCAGCCUGUGGACGUGUGACUGCGAGCUGGCCCUGCUGCCCCUGGCGCAGCUGCUGCGCCUGCAGCCCGGAGCCUUCCAGCUGCGCGGCGACCAGCUCGUGGUGCCCGGGCCCGGGGAGGCUGCUGCCACCUCCGGGGGGUUCAACGUCUUUGGCGAUGGCCUCGUGCGCCUCGACGGGCAGCUCUACCGCCUCAGCAGCUACAUCAAGAGGUAUGUGGAAUUGACCAACCACUGUGACUAUAAAGACUACAGGGAAACUAUACUGAGCAAGCCGAUGCUGUUCUUCCUUAACGUGCACACCACAAAGGACCCCUCUAAAGAAAGAACAUAUGCGUUUCUUGUGAACACAAGGCACCCCAAGAUAAGGCGGCAGAUAGAGCAGGGGAUGGAUAUGGUCAUCUCGUCAGUGAUCGGAGAAAGUUACCGGCUUAAGUUUGAUUUCCAGGAGGUAGUGAAGAAUUUUUUCCCUCCAGGAACCGAGGUGGUUGGUGGAGAAAAUUUGAGCUUCUCAUAUGAGUUCAAGGCGGACGCCUUGUUUGAUUUCUUCUAUUGGUUUGGGCUCAGCAAUUCCACCGUACCAGUGAAAGGAAAGGUUCUGAAUUUGUCCAGUACAAGGCCAGAAAAGAAAGAGACAAUCAAGUUAUUUCUGGAUAAAAUGAGUGAACCCUUGAUUCGAAGGAGCAGUUUCUCUGACCGGAAAUUCAGUGUCACUUCCAGAGGUUCAAUUGAUGACGUUUUUAACUGCAAUCUGUCACCACGCUCAUCACUGACAGAGCCUCUUUUGGCAGAAUUACCAUUUCCAAGUGUCGUGGAAUCAGAAGAGUUACCCAGCCAAUUCAUCUGACGGGACGGAACCAUUCUAGCUGUGACUCUUUCACAUUGGGCCCGUGGCAGAUGGCAGAUGGCAGGUUGAGAGGGCAUGAGGGGAUGGGAGGCAGGCACUUCCACCCCCUUGGCAGCUCCGGCUCCUCCAUGGUUCUACGGAAGGCUUCUGUCUUCUACUUCUCUGGGUCUGAUGCCCUGGCAGGCCCAGUGUAGCUUCCAAGGUUAUGAUUACCGGGAUGGAAGGGCCUUGGUCCUGCAGCAUGACGGUGGAGUGCCCUGUAUUUUGAAUACUUCUCCAAGGAGAUGGACGGAGUCCGGGGGGUGGGGAGGAAUCCUGCUACCGUGAACUUGACUCAGUACCCUGGCACCAAGAGGUUUCCUGGUAGCAUCUGUGGGAGACUCCUGCCUUAGAUGUCAACCUCCUGGUGCUUCAUGGGUCACAGUUGGACCCUCUCCUGACAUGCUUUCUUGUCCCUAGCCCCAGUAAGCCUGGGAUUGACAGCGCUCUUCCCUUGAAAGUGUGCCUGGCAAAGCCCACGCCAUCUUCCACUGGGGGACAAGUACGGUUUUCAUUCUGGCUGUGUGAAACCUUACAGGGUGCACUUAAGGUACUGUCUGCUAUAGGAUCCACCAGGCUGCUAGGACAGAGCCUCCUGCUUCCUGAAACGUGAGCCAUCCCCCCACCCCCCCGGCUCAUGCAGAAUGAAGCCAGGUGGUGUGACAUCCACUAGUGUUGGGGACAGUAACGUACAGGGCAGUGUGCUCUUCACUGCAGGCAUGCGUGUGAGUUGGACAUUUAACGUAAGCCUUUAGCAAUCGGAACCUGAAAUGAAAAACUGAAGGAAGCUGUGUUACUAUUACAGUGACAGCUCCCUACGCUUUCCACUUCACAGCUGACUGGGGGAAUUUUGCAUGGAUGUGUGGACGCGGUGCACAUAUAAUCCCAGCAUAUAAGAGUGGAGACAGAAGAGUCAGGAGUUCAAGGUCAUUCUUGCCUAUGUGGCAAGUUCAAGGCCAUGAUGGGAUACAUGAGAUUCCAUCUCUAGUCUCUAACCCUCAAAUUUGCACAAGUGAAUCACUACAUAUGCCUGUAACAAGGAAUAUUUAUAGAAGCUAUCAUUUUUCUAUCUUUUUUUAAAAAAGUAUUCCUGUAUUGCACCGUUGGAUGACGCUACUAAUGGACCCAGGCAUUUGUAUUUGAAAUGUCAGGUAAUACAUUUGCACAAUUAAAACUUUUCUUAGUAUGCAA